CUUGUGACCCUCCGCCCAACAGCCAGCAGCUACGCCUUGUAUGGGGAGCGCCUGGGUCUUCUGGAGGAGAGCCCCAAGCCCGAGUCCCAGGAGUUCAUCAGUGCGGUGGAGACCAUGCUGCAGACCACGCUGCCUCUGCUCUUCCUCCCGCCGGGCGUGAUGCGUUGGGUGAACAACAGGCUGUGGCAGCAGCACCUGAAGGCCUGGGAUACCAUCUUCAGCCACGCUGACAAAUGCAUCCAGAACAUCUACCAGGAGUUCUGCCUGGGGAAACCCCGCAAGUAUUCGGGCAUCAUGGCGGAGUUGCUGGUCCAGGCUGAGCUGCCCCUGGACUCCAUCAAGGCCAACGUCACCGAGUUAACGGCCGGCGGGGUGGACACGGUGAGUGCGCCUCUGGACCGGGCCAGUUAUCCCUAA